UGUUUAGAAAUACAUUAACCAGAAAAAUGACCACAGACUCUGCUGGAAUAAUAAAAAUCUUAUUGCAUCUAUAAUUUGGUGUUUAAUUUAGUUCUUCCCUCUAAUAUCUGCAUUCUCAUUACAGGUAUGAUAUAAUAAUUUAUAACCACUAAAGACAUGGUUGAAACAUUUUGAAACAUUGACAUUUUAUGCAACCCAAGCUCUUCGUAACGUUUUGAGAUGAAAUUUCUACUUCCAACUUCUAUGGACAGCAAAGUAAUUUUUCUUGUUUAAAAAUGUGAGCCAGCGGUUCAACGUCCAGACUCCUCCUGGCAUGACUCAAAACCAUUGGUCUCACUAGUAAUACAGGAGAAUCCACAGAACGGGAUCAGACAUGACGGAUGAGCUGAACAGGGCGUCAGCUGAACCGGAGACGAUGAAACCGGAAGAGACUGUGCCGGUUGGAUCAGAUGUUGUUACUGUCAUUGAGGAUAAUGCAGUGGAGAACAGUGCACCUGGAAAGGUGAUGGUUGAGUCGCCACCUGAUUGGCUGAAGCCAAUGGAGGAGGAUGAAGAUGAUGGUGAAGGUGUCAAGAGCAGUGAAUGGAUCACCAGAAAAACCAAUAAUGACGUUCCUAAAGUAAAACGACGCAGAGGUCGGCCUCCGAUUGCCAGAAAUGCUAGACAUGGACUUACUCGUUUAGAUUUCAAGAAAGGAUUGCAUGCAGAUCGCCCUAAAACUAAGACUGUUCGUACUAUACUGGAAAGAACACGUUCAAGUCUCACAUCAGCUACUGCCAUUCCCGUCCCAGAUCCAACCCGCACGCCUGAGGUUUUACCCCGAACACCCCAGAGCAUCAUUCACAACCCGACGUCGACAUCCCAAAGACCCCGACUCAUCCCAAUCUCACCUACAGGGGACAGCAGCCUCUCCAAGAUCCCCAAUGCUGAGUUUCACAGCCCUCCGCGUCUCACGAGGGUCUCGCCGCUCAGUAUUGACACAUCUGUGACACGGAAUUUCAUUCACUCUCCGGCUGUAAAAGUGGGCAAUGUUUCCCAACAGAUCGUUUCCUCUACUGGACCUGGGAAAGAUGGCACUGAGCCGCCCCUUCGACUCUGGCUUUGUCCCUCUAUGGAGCCCAUUAGUCCUACAAAAUCUCAGGAUACAUUCUCAGAUCAGACUGUAAGUUCACCAAAUUUUACGGAGACUACGCGUAAUGGAACAGCGACCCUAAAGGAAAGUCUUCCGUUUCUCAGUAAAUGUGAAAGCUGUGGCGGCCCAUUUUCUGCUCAGAAGAUCGGAGACACAUUGUGCUACAGAUGCUACAGGACUAAACCAGAGAAGAAGCACUCUCCUCCAAAUAUUGUGUUUAGGAAGGUGGGGCAGGAUCAGUGGGAGGUUGGGAAAACAAAACAUCCAAGAAAACAAAUGCUGAAACAACAUCCCAAAUGCAAGAAAAUGGUAAAAAUGGAUUUUGUCCCUGAUGGUGAUGACGAUGAGGAUGACUGGGCUGCAAAAAAACGCAAUCGCAGGAUGUGCCGACAGUGUGAUGCGUGUCUUCGUGAAGACGACUGUGGCAAAUGCGACUUCUGCAUGGACAAGCCCAAGUUUGGUGGCAGUAACAAGAAAAGGCAGAAAUGUCGCUUACGUCAGUGCAAGUUUCAGUCAAAGCUUCAUGGUCAAAGAGCAAAUGGAAUGCUAAAUCCAUCUCUUCCACGAAGAAGGAAAAAUGUGAAGCCCAAGCUCAAGAGACGCGGGAGACCAAGAAAAAGGAAAUUCGGAAGCAACCCUUGGGAGGAUGAGGACGAAGUGUCUGUAAAGGAUGAUGAUGAAGAAGACUUGAGGCAUUAUAAGAUGAAUGGCAGGAAGGGAGGAAGGAGGAAAUGGAAUUACACUUUUAAGGAAGAUGAAGAAGAUGCGUUCGUUGAGGCCGUGAUUGAUGAUGACGAACCGUCCAUCACAGAGGAGGAUCCUGAUAUUUUGGGCAGUGAGAGGUCAGUGAUGGUGUCUAAUGAGAUGUACUCAAACACCUCUGGACUAAGUGCUCAGGGAUUAUACUACAACGUGUCAGGUGUGCCGGCAGCACCUCAUAUGCUUGGAUCAGUACCUCUGUGUAACAGCAAUCCAGUGCCGAUGGGUGAGGUUAUCAGCUCUCUGCCGAUGGGGGACGAUGUGACUCAGAAUGGUUUUCUUCAGAUUGAGAUGGUGAGAGUGGGUUCACCACCAUCACAUUACACAGAAGAACCUCAGAACACAGAACAGCAUGUGUCAGAAUUUCAACUGGAGCCCACGCCGGUGAUCACUCAGAUCUUCAGUCUGGCGGGAGGAGAGAACGACUGCGACCGAGACCAAGGACUGAUGGAGCUGUUCACUUCCCUAGGCCAGACCGUGCUGCCCGCUCACUGGGUGGGCGUCAUGGCCAAAGGCCCCGUCCUCCAGCUCCUGCAGUGCUCCAAACUCUCCACCAUGGCUGACACGGUGGUCCAGAUCGAGAAGGGCUUCUUCUACCAGGUCAGCGUUCAGAACCAGCCUCUGCUGCUGAUGCACGCCAUCUACUCGCGCCACCCCACCUGCCUCGAGACGGUCGAUGACGUGGUGUCGCUCUUGCUGGACUUGGAGGGGCUGGGAGUGUGUCAGGGCUACCAGAACUUCCACGUGGGUUCGCCGUGGGAGCCCAGAAUGAGCGUGCGAGCGGCUCUGUGCGAUUUGCUCAUUCCCAAGGACGAGGACCAGUGUCCGAAAUGCGCACAGCCUGUGGAGGGUUGAACGGAGAAUUUACACGGAGAAAGUUUUUGAACAUCUGUAAGUAGUUCGAGAGACUCUUCCACCAGUUCUUAUAGUGCAGUCAGAGCUGUUUCUGACCUCAUGAUGAAUCAACAUCUAAAAUGGUGCUUCUUUUUUUUUGUUUUCUUUUUAGAAGUUAGUGACACAACCUUCGAAAAAGGACUCGCGAAACACUUGAGUUUUUCCAAAAUCCCUUCUUUCCAUUGCUCUCCAGUUGGGAUUAGGACAUAAAUACAUUCAGUUCUCAUUUAAACUACCUCUCAAUCAUUUUAUGGACCAAUUUAAACCUUAAACCAACCAGGUGCCCUUAUUGUAGUUUAUUGUAAGGUUACUGUAGUACGAUGAAAUGCAUAGAAGCUUGUUUCCGCCAUGGGAUAAAAAAAUUAAAAAGGUAAUUGCAACUUUUUGUUGUGCAUAUAUCAUAAUUCAGAUGAUUUUUCUUGUAAUUGCAAGAUAUAAAAGCAGAAUUGCAAGAUAUAAACUCAAAAUUCUGAGAAGUCCGAAUUGUGGAAUAUAAACUCGCUAUUGCAAGAAAAUAGAAUUAAACAUUUUUUAUUUUGUGGUGGAAACAAUAAAACAGAAUUGCAAGGAAGAACAUUAGAAUUCUGAGUUAGUCUCUCAAUUCUGAUGGGAAAAAAAGGCUGAAUUGUGAGAUAAAGUCACAGUUACGUAUUAAUUUUUUUGUUGUGUGGCAAGAACGGGCUUCCUGUUUCUGUGUUCUGAACUGCCUUUGUUGUGCUAAAUUUGGGGUUGUACGUUCAAACUUAAAGUAGUUUGAAGUCAAUUUUAAACCAAAAUCAUUCAACCUUUAAAAAUCGUCUGUUUUUUAUUUAUUUAUAUAUACUGUAUUUAAUUUUUACCCCAAAGCAAGCACACUAUCUUUCAUAAUGUGUGGUUUUACGUCUUUUUUUUUUUUCCAGGAUUCUCAUCACGUGAGUAUUUUUAUGCAACGGAAGAUGCACUCUGGUCUUUUUUUGUCCUGUUGGUAAUCACACCUGCUUUCAUGUGACUGAAUUGUGUUACGCAUGAUAAAGUGCAACUAAUGGCACAGCAAUCCGCAGUGCAUCUGUGUGCAUUUUUGCUGUUGUGUGUAUUAUUCCCAGCUUACAGUAGACAUCCGACCAGAGGACAUUUCACUGAUCGGCCUUUAUACGGUUUACCUAUAUUGUAAUUCUGCCUAGGAGAUGAAUCAAUGCAGUUAACAUUUGACUAGUUUUUAUUUCAGUGCACAGUUUUGUUUUUCAUUCCUGAAUGAUUUGAAUUAAAAUGUUUAAAGCUGAUUUUUUUUUUACCUCUACCCCUGGAGAUCUGUACAAAAUAAGCUGUAAAAUAUACAUAGUCUGAAAUUAUUUAUAAAUAGAGGAUGCAAGCUAGAGGUGUUUCUGAGGGCAUCUCUGUAUUGUAAAUCCUAUCUUGUUCUUUUGGUCUGUUUAACCACGAGUUCAGUUUUUGAAACGCUGUAAAGUAGGAUUUUUAUGAAGGGUGCGUAAAAUAA